AUGCUGGACUGGGCAUUCGACAAGGGUCAUCGUGCCCGGUUCAUAGAGAACGGAGAGAUGCUCCAGCCACUACGCAUGAGGGGUCACGGGGUUCAUGGGCAUAUGGACUACGACGAUCGCUACGCGCCAUUCUUCAAGAAAGCCCGUCUAUUGGGUUUCGUGUUGCAGUUCAAGCGUCAGCCGCCGACGCUUGUCCACGCAGCUCUCACAGCUCUAAUUGACCGGUGGCGACCGGAGACCCAUUCUUUCCAUCUGCCAUGCGGGGUGAUGACGGUGACCCUCGAGGACUGGGAGAUGAUUACUGCCAUGCCGAUCAAGGGUCAUGCACUCACCGGUCGAGUGGAGAGGACCAACUGGCAGCAGAGGGUUACCACCCUCAUCGGCGACUGCCCCGCUGCCAAGAACAGCUCCGGGAACUCUGCCAACUGGGCGUAUCUGUUCUUCCUAGCGGACUGGGAUGCAGGGUACAGUUGGGGGACCGCAUGUCUCGCCUACCUAUACCGUUCGCUUGACGACGCAACACAGAGGACGGGAGACAAUUCCAAUAUGGGUGGCUUUGUCUGGGCCUUCUCCAUUUGGAUGUGGGAGCGGCUGCCGGUGGGGCGUCCGGAGAAGAUGCCAAGACGCCCAUGGGAAGACUAUAGCGAAGACGGCGACGAGACUCGAAACCCCACUGUAGCUUACGAGUGGGACGUUGUCAAACUCUACACGGGCCUAAACAAGACUUCGAUGAGCCGGCAGAAGAAUCAGUCGAUCACAGACUGGGGAGAGCAGCAUAAGACUCAUGUGACGGAGUGGGACCGACAGAGGUAUCGUAAAGACGUGGAGAGGAAAGUGACUGACUGGGAUGCUUACCUGGGCCGACACAUGAGGUGGUACGAUGAUGACCAGAAGCACCGUCUUCGUCUGAGGCCUCGGUGGACGACGGAAGACAUCGCGGAGCUAGAGAGGGAUGACCCCGAGGAAGAGGCCUACCAGACCGACAUCAGAAACAUGCAUAGUGGAUUUAGGGAGUUUGCACCCCUCAUCAACAGAGUAUCUGGUGAGCUGAACAGAUGCAUCUUUGAAGCCUCAGAUGCACUAGGUGAUCUCCCCGGGAGCGUACAAUCUGAGAACAAAGUGAGGGGGACGAUGAAGAAGUUCGUGAAGCGUUGUCGCAAGCUGGUAGGGCUGCUUGGGUCUGCUGGAGCUGGGUCAGUUGAAGCUUAUCAGCCUGUAGCCACACAGGGUCUCAUCGGCUCAUCGAGCCAUGCUCCCUCGUCGUCUAGAAAUAGUAUUCAGUAUUAG